AGUUACUUUCAGGGGUAAGAGAGUCAUGUUGGGACUCAAGAUCUCAGUGGAAUCCUUACCAUGCAAGGGAUAUUUUCUGUGGAUGACAAGACAGAAUGCAAGCUUCAAUAUUCAGCACUAAAGGUCUCUUGUGAUGUCUGGGAUAUCAAAGGAUUUUGACAUUCCUAGUGUAGCCUCAACCUCACAAGAAGGCCAAAGUAACAGGAGACUGAAAGUCACUUUGCUAAGCAGAGAGUGGAGAUCAUCAACUGAUGGAGACUUGUCAACCAUCAACAGAGAGCUCGCCAUACAGUUAGCUAAACACUCUAAUGUGGAAGUUAGUGUCUUUCUUCCAGAAUGCAAUGAAGAAGACAGGAAUGAUGCAGCACAUCAUCAUGUGCAGCUUGUUAAAGCCAAAAAAGUGAUUGGUUGGAAUCCAGUUGACUGGCUGAUUAAUGUCCCAGAUGGACAUGUCAUGGAUUGUGUAGUAGGACAUGGUGUAAGCCUUGGCAAACAAGUGCAGUUUAUUAGAAAACAUCACCACUGCAAAUGGGUCCAAGUUGUUCACAGUGCCCCGGAAGAACUUGGAAUGUACAAAAGCAUUCCACAAGGUGGACAACAGCAAGAAGCAGAAGUAGAGUUGUGUAACAUGGCUGAUCAAAUCAUAGCAAUUGGACCCAAGCUGGCAGAUGCUUACAAGCAUUACCUUCGUUGUAGUAAAAAAGACCAAAAUGUCUUUGAUCUCACUCCAAGCAUUUUCUCUGAAUUUUUGAAUGUUGAGCAAGCCACUGAAGAAGGAAGCACUUUCAGUGUUCUUGUUGUUGGAAGUGGUGACACUUGUGAAGAUUUCAUAUUGAAAGGUUUUGACCUUGCAGCUCAAGCAGUUGCUGAGUUGAAAGAUAAGUCCUACAAACUCAAGUUUGUUGGUGCACCAAGAGGGAAAGAAGAUGAAAUAGCAGAUAAGUUGCUUCAACAUGGUAUUGAUCGUAAUCAGCUAAUUGUCCGCAGCUUCAGUGACAGUAGAGAAGUAUUAGCUAACUUAUUCUGUGAGUCAGAUCUUGCCAUAAUGCCAUCCAAGACUGAAGGAUUUGGAGUCAGUGCUCUUGAAGCCUUAUCUGCUGGUUUGCCUGUACUUGUCAGUGGUAAUUCUGGACUUGGAGAAGCUCUGAAGGAGGUGCCUCAAGGAUCUCAGUUUGUGGUUGACUCUGAAGAUCCAAAAGAGUGGGCAAAAAAAAUCAAGGUGGUACAACAGACAAAGAGGGAGGUGCGACUUUCAGAAUCAAGGCUUCUACGUGAAAAUUAUCAGGAAAAGUACAGCUGGGAAAAGCCCAUUAGAUGUCUUGUGGAGAGGAUGUACAGUCUCACAUUUGGCUCCUCUGGUGAUCACUCAUUUCAUUCAUCCAUGGAAUAUGGACAGUGUCCUUUUCCUUCAACCUCAGUUCCUCAAGACAACCUUUUUCAAGAGAGAAGUUACUCUCAAAGCUCCUCUGGUGAUCACUCAUUUCAUUCAUCCAUGGAAUAUGGACAGUUUCCUUUCCCUUCAACCUCAGUGCCUCAAGACAACCUUUUUCAAGAGAGAAGUCACUCUCAAAAUUACCCUGAGAAACUUGUGGCGCUGAUUAGACGAGAGUACAAGGGAACAGUAUUGUGUCCCUUCCCUUGGUGUGAGGAAGAAUUGCAAUUCGAACUCUAUAAGAUUUUUACAAGACUGACUAUCGUUUGCCGGAAGAAAGAACGUGCACAGUUGACAAAAGACCCCGUCAAAAUGACUGAGGUCUUGAGACCAUAUAAAAAAUGUGAAUGUAGAUGUGAAUGUAAAUGUGAACGUGAAAAACCAAGAGUAGUGUUGAUCGAAGGGGAACCUGGGAUAGGAAAAACCACUUACUGUCAGAAGCUUGCAUAUGAUUGGUCUGUGGGGGACAUUCCAACUGAAUCUUCUUUUCCUAAAGUGGACAUACUUCUUCGGCUGACGUGUCGUGACAUGAAGACUGCUAAAAUUGAGGAUGCUAUUGAAGAUCAGCUACUACCACGUGAUGUCAACGAGAAAGACAAGGAAAAUUUUUUCUAUUUCAUUCGCCAUUAUCAAUCUAGAAUCUUGCUGGUACUUGACGGAUUGGAUGAAUUACCGCAGAACCUGUUUAAAGAAUUUUUGCCUUUAAUUAAAGGAAGAGUUUUACCUUUAACUUAUCUCAUUAUAACAGCUCGACACGAAGUAGGGAUAAAUGUUCGGCUACACAGUGACGCACUGUUUGAGAUUAAAGGCUACACCAAAGAAGAUGCAGACAGUUACAUCAAGAAGUAUUUCAGUUGUCACGACAAAUCAAGGCUUGCUGGGAAACUAAUCAGGAAAAUAAACAACGACUCACAGCUUAGGGAAUUGACUGCCAAUGCACUGAACACAGCUCUUCUAUGUCUUGUUUUUGAAGACACUGGCGGAAGAUUGCCUCACAACAAAACCAUGUUGUAUUGUGAACUUGUUGACUGUGUUCUGAGGCGAUAUUGUUCUAAGAAAGAAAUCCGUUUGUGCGACGAAAGUCCCAUAGACAAAUACAUGCACCAGCUGAAUCAGUUGGGCAAGUUAGCUCUUGAAGCUCUGCUGAAAGAUCAAUUGGCUUUCACUCCAGGGGAGCUAGAGAGUCAGUCAACGGAAUUCCUUCAGCUUGGAUUUCUUUCUCGAGAAGCCAGUGUAAGCAAAAUCAAACCGAAGCCAACUUAUGCAUUUAUCCACAAGACUUUUCAGGAAUUCUUUGCCGCAUUCCAUCUGUCGCUUGAAUUGGAAACUGCUGAUAGGGACCAGACGGCCCUGCUGACUCAGUUUAGUCCUGUUGAUAAGUACUGGCAGGUGUGGAAGUUUUUGAUCACAAUGGUAGCAGGUAAAAGUGAAGAAACAGCUACUUUCCUGGUUUCGAGACUAUGGGCUUCUUUUCAGCGUAAAAAACCUAGGAAAUCGGUAAAACGUCAGUAUACAAGACAACCUUUAAAAUCGAGCGACUCUGAAUACGACUCUGAAGACGACUCUGAAGACGACUCUGAAGACGACUCUGAAGACGACUCUAAAGACGACUCUGAAGGUCACUCUGAAGAUGACUCUAGAGGCGAUCCUCAUGACGAGCAUGAUAAAUCAUGUAGAGGGGAGCUCUUCGGCCUUUUAAGUGACCAUGAUAUAGAAGUCCGUGAAGAUACUAUAUGGGAUGAGGGGAGAUGGAGACUGCUGGAGAGAAACUUUGCAGAAACUGAUGAGGUUUCCUUUUUUGAGAAAACAGUUGAUGCUAUUGCUCAGUGUGAACAAGAUAAUAAUAAACUUAGUUCCUGCCAGAUUAAAAUGGCCCGUACGCUAGCUCAUUGUUUUCCUAAGGAUGAAGUGAUAAUGAAGGAAAGUUAUCGCCCUGCUAAUUCCUCUCCCGGGGGCACUCAAUUUUCACUCGUUUUCUACGAAUAUCUUAAAGGCAACCGCAAACUGAAAGAAUUAGUUUGGGAAGUAUCAGCUGUAGCAGCACUUGCAGAUGUCCUUAAAGCGAGUCAUACUCUAACACACUUACAUUUGAGGACCGGCCGGUGCAUUAAAUCACUAACUCAAGCUCUUCAGGCGAAUCACACGGUUACACAUUUAAAUAUGUCUCAUGCCAAAGUCAACGAUGUGCAAGCGAAAGCACUCGGAGAAUUUCUCCGGUCAAAUCACACUUUGACUCAUUUGUCUAUAUCUGAUAAUCAGAUAACAGAUAUUGGAGUUGAAGCUUUAGCAGACGCUCUAAGAUCCAAUGAAAUAUUGAAGAACUUGGAUAUUAGUUGUAACUACUUUGGUGAAGAGGGAGCCAAAGCACUCGGAAAAGUUCUCCAGUCAAAUCACACUUUGACUCAUUUGUCCCUAGCUGAUAAUGGGAUAAAACAUAUUGGAGUUGAAGCUUUAGCAGACGCUCUAAGAUCCAAUAAAAUAUUGAAGAACUUGGAUAUUAGAGAUAACGAAAUUGGUGAUGAGGGAGCCAAAGCACUCGGAAAAGUUCUCCAGUCAAAUCACACUUUGACUCAUUUGUCCAUAGCUCGUAAUUGGAUAACACAUAUUGGAGUUGAAGCUUUAGCAGACGCUCUAAGAUCCAAUAAAAUAUUGAAGAACUUGGAUAUUAGAGGUAACAAAAUUGGUGAUGAGGGAGCCAAAGCACUCGGAAAAGUUCUCCAGUCAAAUCACACUUUGACUCAUUUGUCCAUAGCUCGUAAUCAGAUAACACAUAUUGGAGUUGAAGCUUUAGCAGACGCUCUAAGAUCCAAUAAAAUAUUGAAGAACUUGGAUAUUGAACGUAACAAAAUUGGUGCUGAGGGAGCCAAAGUACUCGGAAAAGUUCUCCAGUCAAAUCACACUUUGACUCGUUUGUCCAUAGCUUAUAAUCAGAUAACACAUGUUGGAUUUGAAGCUUUAGCAGACGCUCUAAGAUCCAAUGAAAUAUUGAAGAUCUUAGAUAUUGAAUUUAACGAAAUUGGUGAUGAGGGAGCCAAAGCACUUGGAAAAGUUCUCCGGUCAAAUCACACUUUGACUCAUUUGUCCAUAGCUCGUAAUCAGAUAACACAUAUUGGAGUUGAAGCUUUAGCAGACGCUCUAAGAUCCAAUAAAAUAUUGAAGAACUUGAAUAUUGAAAGUAACAACAUUGGUGAUGAGGGAGCCAAAGACUUGGAUUACAAUGAUAACAACAUUGGUGAUGAGGGAGCAGAAGCACUCAAAAAAGUUCUCCAGUUAAAUCACACUGACUCAUUUAUAGCUGCUUAUCAGAUACUGGGUUGUGGAGAAUGGGUUUGCUCAUCGCAUCGCCAUCCGAUUGGUGAUCAAGGGGCAAGAGCUAUAGCACAUGCUCUCCGAUAUCACAGUUCACUGACUCUCCUAGGGUUGAGCUAUGCUGGGUUUCUGCCUGGGAUUCUUGUGACCUCUGCGAGCUGUCCUCAUUUUUUCAGAAUGACUGUUACUCAAGCAGUCCGGUUUUCUUUCUCUGGCAUUCAAUUACCUGUAUUGAACAGUCAAACACUUGGAGAAAGAACUGGGCGAAAGGCCGAUUCCGCCCAAGUUGGCUCUGAGAUGCAAAUGAUUGAAAAGAUCCCCUCAACUGCAUUAAGUAAAGUGCUCCAACAUUCCCAAAGGGAAGGCAGGACACUAUAUUGUCAAUGGCUUACUCAGUAA